AUGGCACUAGGAGAAUCAAAUACAAACCUGGACGGGCUCCGGGUGCCCGAGCACCUCGGGAAACGUGACUACACAGAUUACGACCAGAAUAAUGCGUACUUGUACGACGAAUCACGGGACGACGAGGACUCGCCCGAUCCGCGGAGACCUGGCCGGAAGAAGGAUCCCAACGAGCCCGAGACCAAACGGAGAGCCCAGAAUCGCGCAGCCCAGAGAGCGUUCCGGGAAAGAAAAGAGAGGCACCUCAAGGACUUGGAAACCCGGGUCCAUGAACUAGAGCAGUCGGCACGGUCGUGGCAAAACUCAAACCUUAUGCUGCGAACCAAGCUUUCAGCUCUGGAGGACGAGCUUGAGCAUUACCGUGCUGGACAUGUUCCCUCUGGUGGCUUUGACAAGAGUGUGCCCCCGGUCAUCGCGCAGUCUAACGUCUGGCCGGCGGCCUCUUUGGACCUUGACCCCCUGGGCGAUUUACAGGGACCUGCGUCAGUGUUACCGGCGCGAAAUCCAAGUAUUACUGGCCUCCAUGGCCCGGCAACUGUUUUACCGUCAGUUGGAACCAACAGAGAUUUUGAGACGCAGUUCUGGAACAACCAAAUGAAUGUGCCCCCUUCCUUGAACGGGCUCAACGCUUCGUCCACACUGUCGUCUACUUCGACCCCGCGCUCUAUGCCUUCUGAAUUCGGUGGAAGUAUCGCACCGUCGCUUGAUCCUUUGAUGAUGGGACAAGCGCCACCGCUGGUUGAUCUCACUACCAGCAGCGCCAGCUCUGCCAGCAGCGACCAGUCGCUGUGGGAAGGUAGUAAGUUCUGCGAACAACUUCAAAAGGCAGCAUGCCCGCUACCCAAAUUGCCUCUGGCUUCUGCCACCCCACAGAUCGUGCCUUUGACCAACGACUGGGAGCGCCAGAACCCGCUGGAGCUUAGUUUUGGAUACCGAGAGCCCACACCACAAGAAGGAGUGCCGUCCAACUUUGUGGACCUUCUUGGUAAUGAUUACGGGUUCUUUGAUCCGCUAGACGACCCAUUGAAACCGAUCGAGGACCCCCUUAAACCCCUUGACGAUCCUCUCCAACCGCUCGGCUCUCUUCAGACCGCACAUGACAGCAAGCACCCGCUGUCGGUUCCUAGUGACUUUGGAUCCCCUCCCAUGUUCCGAGAACCGGCUAUAUACCCGCUUGGCCUAACGCCCUCAAGCACCGGCGGCCCCCUCGAGUUCACCAAGGAGGAGACCCUGUCGCCUGCUGAAAACCCAGCUUUCCACACGCCUAGAGAUGGCGGAGAUGAAGUUCCUGCAAAGAGUAAAAAGUAUAUGACCUGCCAAGCAGUCUGGGAUCGCAUAUGCUCCCAUCCGAAUUUCGAGGGUAUCAAUUUGGACGAGCUGUGUUCUGAAUUCCAGGCCAAGGCUCGCUGCUCGGAUUCUGGUGUUGUUUUGACCGAGGAGGACGUCGACUCUGUUCUCAAGAGCGUGCCUCGACGACAAACCUCGGCAUAG